AUGGCUUUGACAUUAACCUUUGUGAAAGAAACAAACCAGGUACUUUUCGAAGGAAAUUCCUUUGUGAAGGAAGUGAUACUAAACAGGCCUCAUAAGCUGAAUAGUCUCAAUCACGAAAUGGUUAGUCAGAUGAAGGAGCGAUUGACGUUGUAUGAGAAUGACCCAUCAGUAAAACUCAUAAUUUUAAAGGCUAAUGGAAAAACUUUCUGUGCCGGUGGUGAUGUGAUAUCAGUAGUUACUUCUUCAAUUGCAGGACACUGGUCUUAUGCAGCAAGCUUUUACAAGAAACAACUCACAUUAGAUCAUUUGAUAGCAACCUACAAAAAGCCAGUGGUGUCUCUCAUUAAUGGAGUGGUCAUGGGAGGAGGCGCCGGUCUAUCCAUGAACACUAAUUUUAGAAUUGUCACUGAAAGAACUGUAUUUGCUAUGCCAGAAGUAUCUAUAGGACUUUUUCCAGACGUCGGUGCUUCAUACUUUCUUUCGAGGCUUCCUGGCUAUUUGGGGGAGUACCUAGGGUUAACAGGGAGACGUUUGAAUGGAGCAGAAAUGGUUAAAUGUGGCCUAGCGACUAAUUUUGUCCCUUCCAAGAAGCUAAAUUUGCUGGAAAAAGCCCUAGAGUCUGUGACAACUUCAGAUAUUUCAACGAUUACUGCAUUAAUUGAUUACUUUACUGAAAUAGCUCAUCUUAAGGAAGACAGCCCCUGGAAGAGAAUGGACACAAUCAAUAAAUGCUUUUCAAAAGGAACUGUGGAGGAAAUUGUUCUGUCCUUGGAAAAGGAAAUGGAAGUUGAUGGAGCAGAAAAGUGGAUUGCAGAUGCAUUGAAUUCUAUGCGUGCAUCUAGUCCUACAAGUCUCAAGAUAUGGCUUAGAUCAGUGAGAGAAGGCAGAGUACAAAGCAUCGAACAAUGCCUUCAUCGGGAGUACAAUAUUAGCUGCCAUGUCGCGCGAAGAACUGUGAGCAAUGAUUUGUAUGAGGGUUCAAGAGCAAAGCUAUUUGAUAAGGACAACAAGGCCAUGUGGGACCCUCCAAAGCUGGAGCUGGUUAGUGAAGAUAUGGUAAAUCAGUACUUCCGGGAGGUUGAAGACGAGAAUUGGGAGUGUCUGCAACUUCCUCAUAGAUCAAACUUACCCAGCAAGCUGUAA